CCAUUUGAACAUCAUAAUACGACCUCUUUACACGGAAAACGGGGCUACUUGCUCUCAGUAGUGCUUUUAAGUCGCAAGCUAUUCAUAACAGCUUAAUAUAAUACUUGGAUAGAAAGAUUACAAUAAUCAGUUCAUCUUCAGGAUGACAAUAGAAAGAGAUGGACUGCAUACAACAUCACCUGUGCAUGUCCAUGUGGAAGAUGAGACACCUGUUCAUGUACAUGUGAAAAAACCAAAGAAAAGUGCAUCUGCCCGAGCUGUAGAUGAGAGGCUAGCAGAAAGCAGAUCAAAAACGUUUAGCUCAGGAAAUCUAAGGCAUAGCACUGCCUCCUCAAGAGCAAGAAGUAAAAGUCCAUUGAUGGGACCAUGGGUUCCUCCUCCUGGUAGAACUUCAAGGUCCAGCCUCAAGUCAUUAGCAUGGCAGGGUCCUUCUCAUCGACUUGAAAUCACCACACCCAGGGGAGACGAUGAUGUUGUCCACGGCACGAUGCGUAUGAGUGACCUUGACACUGAUGAGGAGGAGAGGGUCCACGCUAACAUGAGGGGAUAUGAGAAGAAAAUAGACAGUCUUAUGACUGAAGUUGGAACACUGCAAAAUGAGGUGGAGCUUCAGAAAACUCUCCGUGAUAUGGAAAAGAAAGAUGACUUGCUGGAGACCUCCCGUAGAGUUAUGGCUGACCAGGAAACAGAACUGAGGGGUUACAAGAGAGAACUUAAUGCCUCAGAGACAGAAAACAGAAUCCUUAAAAAGAGCAUGGACAGGCUUAAGGAGGAAGUGGACUUCAACAAGUCAGAGCGGGAAGUGCUGAACACGGAGAAGGACAUGUUAAUGAAGAAACUAGUGGAGGUAGAGAUGGAUGGUCAGGCAGCCGCCAAACAGAUGUCCGAACUGAGGGACAUGGUCAGGAGACUGAGAGAGGAAAAGAGAAUUUCCUCAUCUGAUAGUGCUGCCUUAGCAAAGCAGAAAGAACAGCUGAUGGAAAAACUGACAGAUUUUGAAUCCACCAAUAGAACUCUACGUAGGCUCCUGAGAGAGAAACACAAGGAUGAGUCAGAAAACAUGAGGGUGGCAGAGCAGAGGGAUAUCCUGCUUAAAAAGCUGGGGGAGUCUGAUGCUAUCAACCAGCAAUUGCGUGUAGAUCUGUUGGAGAAGGACAGACAGAUAGGUGUGAUAAGGGGACAGCUGGACAACCAGAAGGAGGAAAAUCUGGCUAUCUCAGGGAUGCAGUCCUCCCUGGAGCAGACUAGGGCACACCUGCAGAAGCAGCUAAGGGUCAAGGAGUCGGACUGCAAUAGAAUGGCAGUGCAAAUCAGGGGUCUGGAGAGUCAGCUGGCACAGGAGAAGAUUGAAGUAGAUCACCUGCAGGAGUUACUGCAGACUGCCAAGGAGAAGGCAGAGAGAGAUAAAGAGGCACUCAAAAAGGCAACCAGAGUUCAGAAGCAGAGGGCAGCCAGGAGUGAGGACACAGUCCAGCAGAUCAACUCCCAGUUACUGGAGAAGGAGGCUCAGGCAGCAGACCUAGAGGCACAGCUAGAGAACAUCAGGUCCAGGGUGGAGAAACUGUCAAAGGAAAAGUCCCAAGUGAUGGGAGAAAACUCGGCACUGAAAACGAGAAUAUCUGAGUUGGAGUCACAGAUAGAACAAAUGGAGGAGAACCAAAGGGUCCAGAUGGACUCUGCCACCGCCCAGCUCCACACCAAGACCAGUGAGGUAUCCUCUCUGAAACUGGACAAUGAGAGACUCAGGGCUAAUAUGUGCACAAUUGAAAGCAAGCUGUCCCAGACAGAGGAGGAGGUGGCAGCAUUACGGACUAACAUCAAGCAAUAUGAAGUGAUGACAGAAGACUACAGAGCUCAGGCCAACAAGUCCCAACGAGAGAAAGAUGAAAUGAGCUUCAGACUUGAUGAACAGGAGAAGGAAACCAGGCGUGUACAGAAGGGAGGGGAGAUGGAACUAGAAAGGGUGAAGAUGCGCCUCCAGCAAAGGCUAGAGGAGCUGGAGCCUCUCCCUGAGCUGCUGAAGACCACUGAACUUAAACUGCAGGAUGCCCAGGAAAGACUGCUGGUGUAUGAGAGGAAAAACACGGAUAAUACGAAACUUAUAGCAGAGCUGACAGUGAAGGUGGAGCACCAGACUGAGCAUGUGGAAAGUUUUAAGGACAGACUCCAUGCAGCAGAGGAUGACAACAGAGCUCUCAGGGGGAAAGUGGACACUCUUGAAAGGCGGUUGCAGGAUGCGGAUGAUCAUAGUAGAGAACUUGCGAGCACAGUGGCCAAGAGAGAUGAGUCUAUACAUCAGGCCAACCAAAAACUUGAAGAAAAGAUCCGUGAAAAUGGAAGCCUAACUCGUCAGUUGGAGACAGCUCUCACAGACAGCAGGAGGCAGAUGGAGCAGGCGAGAGAAAAGGCCACAACUAAAGAGAGAAACAUGCAGUCCAGGCUUCUGGAAUUGGAAUCCCAGCUGAGCCAGGCCAGGGCAGAAAUAGCUAAGUUAAAGAGGGAGAAAGAUGAGAUGGAGAGGAAGUUCAACUCGCGAUUAUACGACCUCAAGGACAGGCUGGAGCAGUCCCACAGUACAAACAGAAGUAUGCAGAAUUACGUCCAGUUCCUUAAAAACUCCUACGCCAACGUGUUUGGUGACACUACAGUGGGCGCAGGGGAAUCUCCAAUGAGGUCAACAUUACAUUGAGGACAGCUGUUGGAUAGAAAACAGCACUUCCAUAUUAAUAAAAUCCUUCAGUCACCUUUCAUUUCAUGCCAUUUAAUAUCAUGUGUUCAAGUGCUUCAAAACCUUGGAUGUUGUUGCUAAGGAUGUGUAGCUGAAGUACGCAGCACAGUUGAGUGCCAUUUGGAGUAGACGACUUCAAUUUUAUGUACACUAACCUAUAAAAAUAGACAACUGAUUUUUCUUUUUUGUUAAGAAGCAUGUCAUAUGAUUUCAUUUGUACAACCUUUUUUCUAAUGAAUAUUAUUUCUAAAUCAUUUCUUUUCAUUUCCUGUGAUCACAAUAAUUCUUUAUCAUUUCAAUGACCUUAUCAUUCAAGCAUAUGAAUAUGAAUUCUUAUAAUUCUUCUCAGAAGGGGGGUGGGACUAAGUUUUUAAGAACUUUAUUAUUAUCUGUACAAUAGCCAUCAUGUUUGAUGUUGUAAGGAGGGAGCAGCAACUCAUUUCUGUCAUAUUUUGUCAUUUUUGACUAAAUUUAAGUUUCAGAUAAUUUAGAACCUAUUUGGUGCUGUUAAAGAAAAGCAUUAAAAUAGAUUUUUCUAAUAAAACUUGAACCGCAAGAUGAAAUGUUGUUAUUGUUUAU